UAGGCACUUUGUCCAUCAACUGAGUAAGAACGUAUUGAUAAGGGUUCGUUCCGGUGUGGUGCUGAUAACAUUGCAGAAGAUGGACUCGUUAAUCGCCGAGCCUGGCAGCUACCGGCAUAUGUGGAAAGGGUACCAACAGGAACGGAGAAGGGAAAGUUCUUGGCCGUCGAUCUCGGCGGCAGCAAUUGUAGAAUAUGCUUCGUCAAACUGAAUGGAGAUUCUACAUUUACCAUGACCCAGUCCAAGCAUAAAGUGCCGUCCGAUGUCAUGGUAAACCAGAGUUAUCACCCUCUUUUCGACUUUAUUGCAGAAAAGAUAUCGGAUUUCCUCAUUGCGCACCCAGACCAGGAUUGCAAGAACAUCAGGGCUACUGAUCAUUCGCCGUAUAGACUAGGGUUCACUUUCAGUUUUACCUGUGAGCAGACGUCCCUCGAGGGAGGGACUCUAAUACACUGGGAUAAAGGCUGGGAUAUACCCGAAGCGAUUGGCAGAGAUCCCUGUGUCAUGUUGCAAGAGGCUAUCGAUAAGCUAAGAUUGCCUGUUCUGGUAACUGUUCUCGCGAAUGACAGCGUGGGAGCUUUGUUAACAAGAUCUUACACUUCACAUCCGAAAGACUCUACUCUAGGCGCAGUCAUUUUUGGGACUGGCACUAAUGCCGCAUACAUUGAAAAGUUGUCGAAUGUUCAGAGGCUCGCUAUCCAAGGGGACCACCGUGGAAUAAUGGUGAUCAAUACGGAAUGGGGUUGCCUUGGUGACAAUAACGUGGAUGUCUUACCGCGAACUUCAUUCGACGACGAACUUGACAAGGACUCGACUGAUCCAGGCGCUCAAAUGCUGGAGAAAAGGGUCUCCGGGUUGUAUCUUGGAGAGUUGCUACGGCUGACGAUUCUGCGAUUGCUGGAAGUCGAUGCUUUUAACCUGAAAUUCAACAAAAAUUCUCCGAUUUUCCAAAAGGAAGGCAUCAAUAGCGCCUUUCUCUCAGAACUCGCGAUUGCUAAAACCAAAAACACCACAAACGCUUCUAAAAUCAUCCAAGAAACGUUGAUGGCAGAAAACGUUGCUACAGAAAACGUUGCUACAGAAGAUGCGCAAGCCAUUCAACUGUUGGCCACGCGCAUUGUCCGGCGAGCCGGACGGUUAGCAGGCGCAUCACUUUCAGCCAUUAUCAUACAAAGCGGUCGACUUGAAGCUUCCCAUAAAGAAGGUAAAUAUCACGAUACCGAAGUUAAGGAGUAUGAGACACCGGCGGCCUUAGAUAUGACUAUCAAUAGCGUAGAACGCUUUACAUGGCGUUUGAGACUUGUCUGGCGCCGAAUUCUCCAGCUGCUUGGUAUGGACUCGCUGGUAGGAACGUCGAUACCUUGUAUCAGACACCAGCAAAUACCAGAGCCAGUCAAUGAUCGUCUGGAAGAGAAUGUGAUUGACAUCGGCGCUGAUGGCUCACUGAUUGAAUUUUACCCAAACUUCGAGGCAGAAAUGCGUGGUGCAAUGCGUGAAGUGCCGGAAAUUGGUCACCAUGGUGAGCGACGAGUGCGCAUAGGCCUCACUAAGGACGGGUCCGGGGUGGGUGCUGCACUGAUGGCACAAGCAGCAAUGGAAAGUGAAGCACUAUCAAGUAACCGAGGGGUACGGGUAUGAAAUGACUGAGUUGGCUUGUUAUAAUCAUGCAGGUCACGUCUUUGACAUUACAACUGCCAAUUGUAUAUUACUAACGACGUAGGUAUGUAUCUUUGUCGUUAGUAGAAAAGGACAUUAUCUAGUAGACUAUUAUAUAUAAUAUACAUUGAAUUGGGGGUACAGA